AUGGUUUCCUUCAUAGCGCCUCGUCUCCGGCAAAUCGCCUCUCUCUGCGUUUUCCUACUCAUCACUGGUCAUGCUUCGUUCAUCGAUGGUUUACACGUAACCACUUCUAGGAAGACCUCGACGUGGCCCUUCGCACCUCCUCCUGAAGUCCACGAAGGCGGGAAUCCGAAAAUCAAGCUCCCGAAAACCCAGGACUGGCUAGCAAAGUCCAAGCUGGAUCCGAAGUACGAUGUAGAUGCACACCCUCUCAAAGGAAAGUACGACGCCACAGAAGCAGAAGUGGCCGCCGAGCAGGCGCAUGAGCAUGCGGACAUCGACCACCCUGAUGCGCAUAUUGCGGUGGCUCGGUGA